UCACCUUACGUCUCGGCGGCAGGAAGCGGGACGUCCAGGCUGAGAUGACGGAGGAAUGCGUGGAGCAGCAAAUGUCUCAGGAGGAUGUCAGGACGAGCAGCAGAGGAGCCGCCAAGCAAGGCCGAGAUCAUCAUUCUGGUGAUGAGGAUGUGAUGGAGGAGCAUCAGAAAAUCAGCAGGAUGGUUGGAGAAUCUCUGCAGGCUGCAGAUCAGGAGCAGCUGGAGCCGUCAGGCAGAAAGAAACCGCAGCUGGUCAAAAACUUUAGACAACUGCAUGCUGACUCAGGUCCAGAUCGACCCGGAGUCCAAGAUCGACAGGAAGAAGUCCCACUACAGCCAGUGAAGUUUGGACAGGAAGCUGCUCGGUCAGCUCUCAGCUGCUCUCCGUUUGUCUUCGUGUUGCAGAUUUCCAAGAGCAACUGUCAGUACCAUAAAAUAUUUAAGGAGAUCAGCAAAGAGGAGGAGCUCCGACAGAGUUACACCUGCGCCCUGCAGAAAGACAUCCUGUACCAGGGCCGGAUGUUCGUCUCCGAUCACUGGAUCUGCUUCCACUCCAAGGUUUUUGGCAAAGACACCAAGAUUGCCAUCCCAGUGAUGUCCAUCACCAACAUCAAGAAGACCAAAACCGCCAUCCUGCUGCCAAACGCUCUGGUGAUCGCCACCACCAACGACAGAUACUUGUUCGUCUCCUUCCUGUCCAGAGACAACACCUACAAGUUCCUGACGUCAGUCUGUCUCCACCUAGAGGGCAGGAGUCCGUGCAACAGCCCGGUUCCUUCCUCAGCUCAACACAGCUUCAGAGGUCAGAGGUCGCCGCUGUUGACCCCCUUUCCUAUGGGUAAUUUCGUGGACCUGGACGGAGCCGUGAGGCAGAAACGGCAGGAGUUGGAGGAAAACAGCAGCUCCGACUCUCCGGCUCCAGACUACGAUAAGAUAGCCGACCUGCCCAUUCCUCACUUCCUGGAUGCACUGAAACAAAAAGGGAACUCGUCUUCUCCGGAGCAGAAGCACAAAGUGAAGAAGCAGCACCAGAACCAGCAGGGCGGCACCAAGAAGCCGCAGAACUCGGUCCGGUCCAGUUCAGAGGUCGUGUUCGACAGCAGAGUCAAGAAAACCGUUUCUCUCAACACUCUGCUGAUUAUCUACAUGUUUCUGGUCUGCGUUCUGGUCCUGUCUUCCUGCUAUCUGGCCUUCAGGAUCGUUUCCCUGGAACAGAAACUGACGAGGCUCGGCUCCAUCAGCGACUUCACGGAUCACCAAAGCAGUUUUCUUUCUGGGAUUCCUGAUGUGAAGUCAGAGCUCUUCUCUGAACUGCUGACCAUCAACCUGCUGAAACUGGAGAAGGUCCAGAAGAAUCUGCAGAGGCUGCUGGAAGAAGCUGCAUGACUGAACUGGGAACCAGUAUGAGAGCUGCUGACAGCUUUGUACAUAAACUGUGAAUAUUAAAUUUAUUCUGUGCAGGCAGUAAAACGGGAACCCGCUGCGGCCGAGAAACUAAUCAAACUGUAAACUGAUUGAUUUCCUGUUAAAUUCAUGCUGGCAGUGAAACUGACGCCUACUUUUAGAAACAACUAACAGUGACGUCGCCCUCUACCUGCAGGAAAAGUAUCUGCAUCUCAUGACUGUAAAGAGGCAAUCAGAACCAAACAAUUAACUGGCUUUGACUAGGCCAAAACACAUCUUCACAGGUGGAGCUGCUGGUGGGAAUCAGUAGCUGCAUUUCUGUUACAAAUGUACGCUAAACUUUGUUGACAUCAAAAACAGAGUUCUGUAAUUAAUGUGUUUCCAUUAAUUCAGUUAAUUCAAUUAAAAUCAAACAUAAAUAAGUUUGGUCAUGUAAUAAGUCAUUUAAAGAAAUCGCCACCAUCGUCCAACCACUUCCUGUCUUCUUCAUGGUUUUCAGCAGUAGUAACAUCCAGUUGUUGAUCAUUUGACCUCAGACUAAUUUGGAUAGAAGCACAAAACCUUUUUUUAUCAAAAAAUGUGAGUUUAUUUUUUUUCUCAUUUAUUUUCAGGGAUGAAAAUGAGAAAUGAAUGAACAAUAUUAGAGCCAAACAACUGCACUAUUUUUUCCAAAAGGAAAUGGCAAAAUAAACGAACGUUGUAAAGAAAACUGUCAGAGGAAACAAACCUAAGCACAAAACCCAACAGUUAGCAGCCAGUAGCAUUAAAGAAUUGGUUGCUAAAUUACUAAUAACCAAAGUUUUUACGUCUUUUUUUAAUAAAGCAUGAAACCCAGAAAACUUUUAAAACAUCGUCUGGAAAUGAUUGUGUCUAAUUGACCCGUGUUGAGCUGCUUUUCUCCUGAUUUUAUUCAAGGUUUUGGACAUUUCUAGUGGCUGAAUGUGAAUCUCUUCAGAUCCCUGUGGUUCAGAGUUUAGGUUGUUUUUUCAGUUUUGUGUUUUUCUAAUUCAGUGUUUCACUCAAACAUGUUUUCACCUCACUGUAUUUCAAAUUAUUUAACAUUUAAGACUGAAUGUUAACAUGUGCAGACAAAAACUGGGUUGAUUUUUUUCAUGCAUUAAACUGUUGUGAUUUAUUAAACAUAUUGAGAAAUAAAUGCUAUUUUGGGGAAAUGAAUUCAUUUUGUGAAUUAAUUAUCUGUUUUCUAAAUAAAAGUGAAUUUUUGUCAUUUU